AUGACGGGUGAAAGGAGGGCGAAGCAACGGAGAUUGGAGAAGUCUGCAGCUGAUGGCCUUCGUGAGCAGAUGCGCUCCUCCUGGCCACGCGUUUUAACGGUCGAAGAUGACGGAACGGGGGAAAACCAUGUCAAGCUGUGUGUUGAGCAUGACGCGCCGCACGACCACUGUGCUCUGGAAUGCUGGAAUUUGCAAGGCCUAAUCGGCGAAAAUGAACGUUUUGGGUUGUUUGUCUCGUUCUUCCGUCAUGCAGUGACGGGUGAAGAGGAGCUCUCGGACGGGGAGGGCUCCGUUACAUAUGCCGCAGAGGUUUCUUGGGUAAUUGUGGACCAUGAGAAGAAGAAAUAUUAUCGCUUUAGCGAGCUGGACCAUCGGGCCCCAAUAAUGGCGGCGUAUCUUGCGGCCGACGGGGGAAUUACGGGGGAUGAGUACUUUCUUCAGGCUCUGUCGGAGCAGUUUAGCCAAAACCGGCUGCCGUUGCCAGAUCGAGUGAUGAAAGGAACAACAUCGUUGCAUACGGAUAUGCUUGACCUGCAGUACGGGGAUAAUCGACUGACAGUGAUCCCGAAAAAAACGGGGAAAAAAAACACCUCCUUCUCGUGGUACAAACUUUCUCUCAGUGGCACAACCUUUGAAACUGGGGAUGCGGAUCCGCAAAGGGAGGUGCGAGUGGUUGUCGAACUUACACUGAAACCGACGCAACCGGCAGUGUUGCAUGGAAAUAAGGGUGUGGUGGGGCUCAAGGAUGACUGGGGCCAUGAUAUGUUUCACUAUUUGAUUCCCCACUGCAUGGUAGUGGAGGGCACCUUUCGUAUGAUGCGCGCCUCUGAUGACUUGGAAAUUGCCCGCUGUCCCGAUCUAAAGGGCGCCAAAAUUUGGAUGUCGCACUCUUUUGGCUGCGCCGUGCCCCGAAAUAUUGGCGAGUCCAAUUAUUUGCGGAAACAAUGCCAACAGUGUGGGUAUUUGCCUCAUUUCUGGAACUGUUGCGUUAUUCACCUAGACAAUGAAACGGCGGAUGCCAUCGGCGUUGUUUACGCGUUGGAUCCUGCGCAUUGGAAGCCUGUGGAUAUCUACGUGACGCUGCAGUCUGGCACUACAGGGAAGAUUGAGCAUCAACAUGAAGGUGUCGAACUUGUCGCGAAGAGUACUUCACAGCACCGAAGCGAUGCAACGGGUAUUCUCUUCACCACGCAGUGGACGUUGAUUACACCAUUCCGUGACGAUGCUAAACUGGAGGUGUUACUCGAUGCCACUUUUCCCGAUCAGGAAUUUACAACCCUUUUUGCCCAGCCAAGCGUUUGGUUGGGCGCAGUGCAGGUUUCAGGAAAGAUAGUUGCCUCGGAUGGCACCUCGACUGGUGUUACAGGCAAGGGCUUCUUGCAAUGUUGUGGAAAGGACGGCUUGAACAACGUAAAGAAAAUGCAUGACAUGUUGCGGGAAGUGAGUACAGCCAGAAUGGAAGACUUGGAAGUGGGAGUAAAGGAUUCUUUAAAUGAAAUGGUAAACAGUUUUGCAGCGUCUGCCACAAGCAACGUCAAGACAUUAAUGAGUCUUCAAGGGCAAACGUUGUCUGAUGCCCAUCUUGUGUUGUUCACCAGUUUUCUUGGCGUGUACGGCUAUAUUUUUCACCAUCCUACGGGGAAGAAAGAGGCUCUUGAAGCAAUUCAAUGGUGUCAUGGGAAGUGGCUUGGUUAUUUUGGAAACGCCUACAUUGAUGUCAAGACUCUGAUGUUGCGGUCUUUUAUGUUGCGAGAGCUCUCGUAUGUGUUGAAAAGCCGUUGUGCCUCGUGGAUUCCGACGCAUAUGCAAGUUAUUGAUCCUGUGGUAGCCCCACCAAGCAACAUAAACGCAGUGAUGGGGAAAGACAACUGUAGUGAAGAAGAGGUUGUCCCCUCCUUGCCGCAUUUUGGUACGAGCCCCAGCAAGUUGGAUCUUUCACAACUUAGAGCUAAUUUUAGUGGGAAAUGGACGUUGGACUCAACGAGAGGCACAGAUAACAUCAGUGCCUUUUUAUCAGCGCAAGGCGUUCACGUCUUGUGGCGCAACCUUAUUGCCAAUACGUCAUUGAACUUGUUUGUUACUGUUGAUGAGGAGAAACAAACGAUGCGAUUUAAUCAUCGGAGAUCGUUUUGGGGGAGGGAAUUCGUCAUUCAGUUGGAUGGAUCAUACGGGGAGCAGCGCUGUGCGUCUCGAGGAACGAUCCGCUCGCGGGCUUGCGUUUUUCCCGGCGGCACAGGGGUUUGCAUUGAGAAGAAAAUAUCGAAUCAAAUGAUCGAGCGCGAUUGGUACACGUUUGAGGACGGUGGGGAGACGAUGGUGGAGGUGAUGCGACUUUAUUCGGACAAGGCAGCAGAGAACAAAAAGGAUAGUCCUUCUGUUUUACCGAUUUCGGUUUGUGUCCGGUACUUUACUUUGUGCCUCGAGAGGUCCGUGAGCUGA